CAGCUUCACCAACAACAGCUCAAAAUGGCCGCCCGCACUCUGAGAAUUGGCCUCAUCCCCGGUGACGGCAUUGGCCGCGAAGUCAUCCCCGCCGGCCGCCGCAUCCUCGAGGCGCUCCCGUCCUCGUUCGGCCUGAAGUUCAGCUUCUCGCACCACGAAGCCGGCUGGGACACGUUCCAGAAGCAGGGUGUCGCUCUGCCCGAAGAUACCGUCGCCGCGCUCAAGUCCGACUGCGACGGUGCGCUCUUCGGCGCCGUGUCGUCCCCCAGCGUCGCGACCAAGGGCUACUCGUCCCCCAUUGUCGCGCUGCGCAAGCGCCUGCAGCUCUACGCUAAUGUGCGCCCCGUCAAGUCCAUCGCCGGCGCCAAGAUCCCCGUCGACCUCGUCAUCGUGCGUGAGAACACCGAGGACCUCUACGUCAAGGAGGAGAAGACGUACAAAGCGGCCGACGGCUCCCGCAUCGCGGAGGCCAUCAAGCGUAUCUCGGAGACUGCCUCGUACAACAUCUCCGCCAUGGCGGGCGACAUCGCACUGCGCCGCCAACGCGUGCGCGACGCAGGAGCCUCCUCGAUCCACUCCCGCCCGCUGGUCACCGUGACGCACAAGUCCAACGUGCUGUCCCAAACCGACGGACUCUUCCGCGAGACCGCGCGCCGCGCGCUGGCCGAGCAGAAGUACGGGCUGGUCAGCGUCGAGGAGCAGAUUGUCGACUCGAUGGUGUACAAGCUGUUCCGCCAGCCGCAGGACUACGACGUGAUCGUGGCGCCCAACCUGUACGGAGACAUUCUGUCCGACGGCGCGGCGGCGCUGGUCGGCUCGCUGGGCCUCGUGCCGUCGGCGAACGUCGGCCGCGACUUUGCGAUUGGCGAGCCGUGCCACGGAUCCGCGCCGGACAUCGAGGGCCAGGGCAUUGCGAACCCGAUUGCGACCAUCAGGUCGACGGCGCUGAUGCUCGAGUUCAUGGGCGAGGAGAAGGCGGCUGCGGCGAUUUACGCGGCCGUUGAUGCAAAUCUCGAGGAGGGCCAGCUGCUGUCGCCCGACCUGGGCGGCAAGGGCAAGACGAACGAUAUCAUCGAUGAUAUCUGCAAGCGCUUGUAGAUCUUGGCUAGAUGCCAUAAAUGUAGAUCGUAGAUACCAAAACGUGACAUUGUUGGAUACCCUCACA